AUGACUCGUUCCAAUGAUAUGCAUGCUAGAAUUGAAGAGAUCUCGUCUUUUAUAGCUCAGAACGCUCCUCGGGCGUUCAAGUCUGUCUUGCAGUCAGAUCCCGCUCUAGAGAGUAGUGGAAUGAAAACUGAAGUUCAAGCAGUUACGGAGGCAUGCCAAGAGCUAGCAUCACUUCUUACUGAGCCACAUGAAUGGUUGGCCCAGGCCGCAUGGGCUUAUAUGGAUACCGUGGCUCUCUCUAUCGUGGUAGAGAUGAAUAUCCACCGUCAUAUCCAGGAAGGCGGCGGUUCGACCUCACUCGCUCAACUAGAAAAGAUGACAGGUGGCUCAAUCCAGUUGAUCAAAAGAAUAAUGCGGCAGUGUGUGAAGCGGUCGAUUUUCGAUGAACCUGAGCCGGAGAAAUACCGACACAACGCACGCUCAAUUUGUCUCCUCCAUCAUGAGUUCGCCUCCCUAGUCCACUAUCUGUACGUCAUAUCUGCACCUUAUUCUUCCCUAUAA